GUUUGAGCCUCCAUCCCGGCGCGUCCCCACCACUUCACGCGUCGCCCACCCGCACACCCACACACCCACUCGCCCUCACCCACCACCACACCCCAAAUACGACCAUACAAUGACCACCCUAAUAACCCUCGACACCUCAAUGGGCUCGAUAACCUUUGAGCUGUACGAGUCCCACGCACCACGCACCUGCGAGAACUUCAAAGGCCUUGUUACCCGUGGCUACUACAAUGGCUGUCCCUUCCACCGUGUGAUCACCGACUUCAUGAUCCAAGGCGGCGACCCCACCGGCACCGGGCGCGGCGGAAGCUCCAUCUACGGCGGGAAGUUCGCGGACGAGAUCCAUCCCUCGCUGAAACAUACCGGUGCCGGGAUCUUGAGUAUGGCGAACAGCGGGCCGGACACGAAUGGGAGUCAAUUUUUUAUCACACUUGCGCCCACGCCGUGGCUAGACGGCAAGCACACGAUUUUCGGGCGGGUGACGAGCGGGAUGCGGAUUGUGCAGCGGAUGGGAAUGGUCAAGACGGACAGGGACGACAGACCGGUGGACGAGUUGAUGAUCCGGAAGGCGCGGGUCGAGGACGCAUAACAGCAUAGCAUAACAGCAUAGU